GUCUGGGGCCCAGGGCUGGGUGGGGUCCCUGCGCAGGAUCUUCCUAUAGAGCCCAGUGUCCAGUGUGCAGAGGGCGACAGAAGCCAUGCGCUGGCUGUGGGCGUGGAGCCAUAUUCUCCUGCCGUUGUUCCUCUCGCUAGCUCUCAUCGGGUUGUUUAGCUCCGACCAUAAAAGUACGAAGAACCUCCAAAACUUGAACCGACAGUUAGAAGCAAAACACGUCGAAAUGGACUGUGCUCAAAAGCAAACUUGUCCAUCUUGUACCCGAGACAAGAGAUGCAUUUGGUGCCGAGAAGAAGGAGUCUGCAAAAAGUACUGUUUCCCAUAUUCCGACUGCAAAUUCAACUCCAUAUUCUGGGCGAACUGUAGAGUUGACCUGUUUGGAAUCAUGAUGCUGAUACUGGUUACUUUAUUAGCAGUAGGAUUCCUGUGGUAUUGCCUCGCCUACAACUUAUACUUGCAGGAGCGGCAGGCCUUUUAUUAUGCAAGAAAUAGACCAGUUCCUGGUUACAACGACUGGAACGCUACCGCAUUUUAUGAAUAAAUAACUGAAAAGACAGCUCUUUUGGAGAGAGAAGGUGAACAUUCUUCAAUGGCUUCCAUUGGGAUUUUAUUGAUGUCUACGGACUCUUUGAGAUUGAUUGAACAUCAAAAUUCCUUUAAAUUAAAAGUUUUUAAUUCUAUUGAACAUUUUGGUAGAGUAUUUUAUUACUUAGACUUGUCUACUAAUUUGAGGUUGUAGGGGUUGAAAAAGAUUUUGUUAUUAGUUAAGAUUUGGGUUUUCUUUUUCAUUUGUUUUUAAAUUUCAAGUAAUAUUCAUCUUAACUAGUUUGAUAAUCUUUCUACUCUUGCUUUUGGACACAAAGUGUUAUAGAUAUUACAUAUUGAUGCAUUUGACACAUCAAUUUCCAUACUCAGCUUUAUUGGCUUACCUUGUGAUCAUGUCAGAUACUGUUUUCCCAUUGUGUCGAUGACAAUAAAUACUUUAUUCCUAA